AAAAAUGAUAAGGAAUACCUUUCGAAGAAAUAGAACAUGGCAAAAGUUUCAUUGGCACUGCUCAGAGCCUCAGACAUCAUGACAAGCACAGCAUCAAUUCACACCGAUAAAACAAGUGACCAUUUCUAAAGCACAGCCUUCUCAUUCACCUCCAUCUCAUCUCCAUUACACUGCAUGGACUUCACCAACCUUCUUAUCACGGUGCUCCUCCUACUCGCUCCUCUGAAAUACAAAUCUGAUGUUGCCACAGCAAGUGAUGAUGAAGACUUCUUCAAGACUUGUUCAUCACAUCGGUGCAGCAAGCAUGGACCAGAGAUCAGGUACCCGUUCCGGCUUUCGACACAACCUCCAUCAUGCGGCGCACCUGGGAUGCAAUUAUCAUGCUCUGGACAAGACACCAUCCUGGAUCACCCUGUUCUUGGUUCCUGCAAAGUGACAAUGAUAUAUUACAGGCAUGUUAUCAUGAACGCCAUCCCACUUGUAGAUUCCUCACCUCAUUGCCUACUUCACAAGUUUAUAUCAGUAAAUCAAUCAACUGCUGUGUACAGACCUCACACUUUAAAAGCUGCAAGUCUAGUAGGUUGUUCAAGAGAUUCCAUAGACACAAACCAAUAUAAUAGUAUAGUUGGCCCAACCUCUUGCCUCAGCCUCGCUAACAACGCAAGCCAGUUCUGGUAUUUGGCAUAUCCCUAUGAAUAUAUGUCUAUUCUUCCAUUGGGCUGCACAAUUGUUUCCAAAGACAUCCCAAUGCCCUACAGUUACGACAAAAAUGGUCCAAACUUUGACAUCUCAAUCUUCACCGAAACAGCAAAAAGAGUCAUCAGCACUGGUGAGACUGUAUUCACUUGGUACUCAAGUAACGUUACUAGUAUUUGCCAACAAUGUGAACAUGAAGGUCGGCGUUGUGGCUUUAGCUCUCAAAGGGAUCAAGCAUUCUGCCAGCAUCAUAGUCCGCGUGUCACAAUCAUUGCAGUAACAUCAUCUGUAGGCACAUUUAUAGUUCUUUCAUUAAUUGUGGCCACUGCACUCUACAUCUCCUUGAAGUCAAGGUACAAUGAAGAGAUACAUUUGAAAGUCGAAAUGUUUCUGAAGACAUAUGGCACAUCAAAACCCACAAGGUACACAUUCUCCGAAGUUAAGAAGAUAGCAAGGCGGUUCAAGGACAAAUUGGGCCAUGGUGCAUUUGGAACUGUAUAUAAAGGUGAGCUACUGAAUGGAGUUCCUGUGGCUGUUAAGAUGCUAGAAAACUCUGUAGGAGAGGGACAAGAGUUCAUCAAUGAAGUCGCAACCAUUGGGCGAAUUCACCAUGCAAACAUUGUCCGCCUCCUAGGCUUUUGCUCUGAAGGAACACGGCAGGCUUUAAUAUAUGAAUUCAUGCCCAAUGAAUCAUUGGAGAAAUAUAUAUUCCCACAUGGUUCUAAUAUUUCAAGAGAACUUCUAGUACCAGACAAAAUGCUAGAUAUUGCAUUAGGCAUCGCCCGAGGAAUGGAGUACCUGCACCAAGGGUGCAAUCAGCGCAUUCUCCAUUUUGACAUCAAGCCUCACAACAUACUGUUGGACUACAGCUUCAAUCCAAAGAUUUCAGACUUUGGGCUUGCCAAGCUAUGUGCAAGAGAUCAAAGCAUUGUCACAUUGACUGCAGCAAGAGGCACAAUGGGCUAUAUUGCACCAGAACUAUAUUCUCGGAAUUUUGGAGCAAUUUCAUAUAAGUCGGAUGUCUACAGCUUUGGCAUGCUGGUGUUAGAAAUGGUGAGUGGGAGGAGGAACACAGAACCAACCGUUGAGAACCAAAAUGAGUUCUACUUUCCUGAGUGGAUAUAUGAGAGAGUUAUGAAUGGGCAGGACCUGGUGCUUACCAUGGAGACAACACAAGGCGAGAAAGAAAUGGUGAGACAGCUAGCUAUUGUAGCGUUAUGGUGCAUUCAGUGGAACCCAAAAAACCGGCCCUCAAUGACAAGUGGUAAACAUGUUGACGGGGAGGUUGCAGAAUCUGCAGGUGCCCCCUAAGCCCUUUACAUCGUCUCAAAAUCAACUUGUGAUUUAGAUCAUGAGACCGCAUCGCCAUGGUUUGGACUUUGGAGACCAGCAAAGCAAUGGAGCUUGGCCAGCAUUUCCUAUAAAAAGGCAUCACCAUGGUUUGGUGCCUGAGUGAGAGAUAUGCUUAAUCCACAUAUCAGAAAAUAGUUCUUAGUGAGCUGAAGCAUGCACAUAUAGUGUUUGAUUAUUAAACUAAACUGGGCAACCAGAUAUAUGAUAUAUCACCAUGUACUCUUGUAAUUUGCAACAUAUCUCAAUGGAUUUAAUUUGCAAUAUAAUAAUAGUUGGAAGAUGACAACUAAAUUACCUUA